AUGGCUCUUGUUCUUCAACCUUCAUUGUCCAUGGUUACUCUUGUAACCUUGUUUUCUAUUCUACUAAACCUAAACCCUAGCUCAUGCUUCAACCCAAAACUCUUCAGUGUGUCAAGGGUUCAGUCUGACUCUGACUGGGCGGCAGCCGGUGCAACUUGGUAUGGAAACCCCGACGGUGCCGGGACUGAUGGGGGUGCUUGUGGUUAUGGCAAUGCUGUAGAAAACUCUCCAUUCUCUAAAAUGGUGUCUGCUGGAGGCCCUUCUUUAUUCAAAUCAGGCAAAGGAUGUGGAGCUUGUUAUCAGGUGAAGUGCACGACGAAUGCUGCAUGCUCUGGGAACCCGGCGACUGUCGUUAUAACCGAUGAGUGCCCUGGAUGUACUUCAGAGUCGGUUCACUUUGAUUUGAGCGGCACUGCGUUUGGAGACAUGGCAGUUUCCGGCCAGGAGGGACAACUACGGAAUGCUGGAGUCCUGCAGAUUCAAUAUAAAAGAGUGGACUGCAACUAUCCUGGAGUGACCCUCGUCUUUCAUGUCGACUCGGGUUCAAACCCUAACUAUUUUGCUACCCUAAUCGAGUAUGAAGAUGGAGCAGGUGACCUAACCGAAGUUCAUCUCAAGCAAAGUGGUGGAGACUCGGACUCAUGGCUUCUCAUGCAGGAAUCUUGGGGUGCUGUUUGGAAACUUGACUCAGGCUCAGCAUUGCAAGCCCCAUUCUCUAUUAGGCUCACUGCAAGCAACGGCCAAGCCCUUGUUGCAAACAAUGUCAUUCCGGUUGGUUGGCAUGCCGGCCAGACUUAUCGAUCCCUUGUCAACUUUUAA